UUCCCAUUUUGUGGGUUCUGGUAGAGUUGUUGGAUAAGUAGACCAGUAUACCAAUCAGGUCGCGCACCUGGUGCUAAUAGCUUAGUUUGCGAUCUCUCCAUCGGUUCUCGCCAUGGCCUCCACGGAGCAGCAAGAACACGCAGUGGCGCUGCUUGACCCCAAGGUAGCAGAAGAAGAAGUAUACACAACGGAUGGGUCUCUUGACAUCGAUGGCAACCCGGCGCUGAAGCAUCGCACUGGUGGAUGGAGAGCAUGCCGCUCGAUUCUUGGCACCGAGUUCUGCCAAUGCCUGGCCUACUUCGGGAUGACGAUCAACCUCGUCACCUACCUCACCACCGAGCUGCAUCAGAGCAAUGUCGCCGCCGCCAAGAACGUGUCCACGUGGCAGGCCACCUGCUUCCUCACGCCGUUGGCCGGAGCCAUCGUCGCCGAUUCCUACUGGGGAAAGUACCACACCAUGGUGGUCGGCUGCUGCAUCGGCGUCGCUGGCUUGCUCAUGGCGUCUCUCUCAGCGCUUCUGCCGCUGCUGAUCAAGAACAUUUCGACUCUGGCCAUGGCUUCAGCUCAAGAAUUCGUCUUGUUUCUCGGCCUGUACAUGAUCGCUUUCGGGGUGGGCGGGCUCCGGCCGUGCCUGAUGUCCUUCGGCGCCGACCAGUUCGACGCCGGCGACCCAUCGGAGCGCAAUAGCAAGGGCUCCUACUUCAACUGGUACCUAUUCACCAUGAACUGCGCCUCCGUGAUAUCCACCACCGCCAUGGUGUGGUUGCAGGACCACUACGGGUGGGCCCUGGGCUUAGCGAUUCCGGCGAUGGUUCUCGCCGUCGGGCUGUCCUUCCUGGUCGCCGCGACGCCGGCGUACAGGUUUCAGCGAAACCGUGGGAGCCCUUUCACAAGAGUCUGCCAGGUCGUCGUCGCCGCCGUCCGCAAGUUCAACGUCGCGCCGCCGGCCGACGUCGCCCUUCUCUACGAGGUGCCGGAGGACGACUGCUCCAUGGAAAGAGUUAAGAGGAUCAAACACACCGAUGAUCUCCAAUUCUUCGACAAGGCCGCCGUCGUGACGGCGUCGGAUGAGGAGGCGGCGGGCGAUCCGUGGAGGCUUUGCAGCUUGACGCAGGUCGAAGAGCUCAAGAUUCUCGUCAGGAUGCUGCCUCUGUGGGCGAGCAUUGCCUUCUUCUACACCGGGACGGCGCAGGUCAAUUCGAUGUCCGUCGAGCAGGGCAUGGCGAUGGACGCCCGCGUCGGCUCCCUCCGCGUCCCGCCGGCCUCGCUGGCAACCUUCGAGUUGCUCACCUCCAUGGCACUGAUCCCGCUGUACGACCGCGCGUUCGUGCCGGCGGCGAGGAGGCUCGCCGGGAGGGAGAAGGGCAUUCCCGACCUGCUGAGGAUCGGCGCCGGGCUCACCAUGGCCGUGCUCGCCAUGGCCGCCGCGGCGCUGGUCGAGACGAAGCGCGCCCGCGCUGCGCGGAUGGGAAUGGAGAAGACGAGCAUCGUGUGGCAGGUGCCGCAGUACGCGGUGAUGGGCGUGGGCGAGAUGCUCGCCUCCGCCGGGCAGCUGGACUUCUUCUACAGCCAGGCGCCGCCCGCCAUGAAGACGGUGUGCAUGGCGCUUGGUUUCCUCGCCGUCGCGGCAGGGGUAUACCUGAGCUCGCUCGUCCUGACCGCCGUGUCGUGGGCGACGGCGACCGGAGGCCGGCCGGGGUGGAUCCCCGACGACCUCAACGAGGGGCACCUUGAUCGCUUCUUCUGGAUGAUGGCCGGACUCGGCUGCCUCAAUCUGGUGGCGUUCACGAGCUGCGCCAUGAGGUACAAAUCAAGGAAGGAUUGUUAAGUUUUGAGGGCUUGUUUGGGAGGCUUCUAAAGUUGUAAUCCUGCCCCAUGCAGUGGUUAUCCCGGUACGAGGAUUAUUGUGGUUUCAAGAAUGGAAAAGGUUACUGUAUGUAAUAACCGCGUGGUUUUGCUAACCGUACCCCCAACACCAUCACUUUUGUUUUCA